GUAGAGUCACCGUACUUGGACCUUGUUUGCUCAAUAGAGGCAACCAGAUACUUUGCCAGGAGCGUGCUGAUGGUUCGAUAGAGCGCUAUAAGGCGCGACUAGUGGCCAAAGGCUACACACAGCAGGAAGAUGAUUCGAAGCUGGAUGUACGGUAAAAGGAACACAUUGGAAUUUAUGAAUGGGGUUGCUGAGUUUUGCAAAUGUUGUUUAGAUUAUAGAGCGUUGAGUGGUUGUGAUGAAUUAUAUUGUCCUUGUGUGGAUUGUGCCAAUGUAAAUUCAUUCCAGUCAAUAGAGACAAUCAGAGAACAUCUAAUUCGUCGUGGAUUUAGACAAGAAUACUAUGUAUGGGUAUGGCAUGGUGAGAAAGGUGUGUACACAGAAGAUCAAACAAAUGCCAAUGAGAUGGCCAAUGUCACAAUCGAGACAUGUUCUGAUGUUGAGGGUGAGAAUAAUGACGACAUUGAAAUCGAGAGUGAAGGUGAAGAUGAAGAUGAAAUUGAAGAUAAUGAUGAGGGUGACAAAGUAGAUCACAUUGAUGAGAUGAUGGGCGAAGUCAAAGAUCAUUUUAGUGGCCGACCACGUAUAUUUGAGAGUUUGUCACAAGCAGCAGAAAAGCCAUUGUAUCACGGGUGUACAAAAUACACAAAGCUUUCUGCCGUGAUAACACUUUAUAAUGUGAAAGCCAAGAAUAAUUGGAGCGACACGAGUUUCACAUCCUUACUUGAAGUAUUACAUGACAUGCUUCCUGAUGGAAAUGAAAUGCCAAAGUCAAAUUAUUAUGCAAAGAAGCUCAUGUGCCCUUUGGGUUUAGAGUACGAAAAGAUUGACGCAUGUCCGAAUGAUUGUGUCUUGUACCGAAAUGAAUAUUGCAUGUUGAACAAGUGUCCACGAUGUGGUAAGUCAAGGUACAAACGCGAUGAUGCUGACUCAAACAGUGAUAAAAAAGGUCCACCAGCAAAGGUGUUGUGGUAUCUUCCCAUAAUUCCGAGGUUGAAACGUCUAUUUUCGAUAAAGACAAAUGCAAAGCACUUAAGGUGGCAUGGAGAGCAGCGAAAGAAAGAUGGGAUGCUGAGACAUCCUGCCGACUCUCCCCAAUGGAAGACCAUUGAUGAAUCAUUUCCAGAUUUCGGCAAGGAAGUGCGGAAUCUAAGAUUAGCACUAUGCACAGAUGGAAUGAAUCCAUAUGGGACCUUUAGUAGUCAACAUACUACAUGGCCGGUUCUUUUGGUUAUAUAUAACCUACCACCAUGGUUGUGCAUGAAGCGUAAAUACAUAAUGUUGUCACUUCUAAUAUCUGGACCUAAACAACCUGGGAAUGACAUUGAUGUUUAUCUCGCCCCUCUCAUUGAUGAUUUGAAAAUGUUAUGGGAUGAAGGGGUUUCAGUCUUUGAUGCACAUACUCAGGAAUACUUCAAAUUGCGCGCCAUGCUGUUCUGCACAAUAAAUGACUAUCCAGCAUAUGGGGAUUUAUCCGGGUAUAAAGUGAAAGGAAAGAAACCAUGCCCGAUUUGUGUUGAUGAUAUGGACUCCACAUAUCUGCCACAUUGGGGGAAAUAUGUUUAUAUGAAGACUCGAAGGUUUCUUCCUCGAUAUCACCCUUAUCGCAAAAAGAAGAAAUCAUUUGAUGGAGAGUCUGAGUUGAGAUCUGCCCCUAGACCCUUGACCGGUAGGGAAGUUUAUGAGCGUCAGGAUGGUGUUGUCCAUGUUUUUGGUAAAACCAAAAAGGAAAAAGAGUCGGCUUCUCUAUGGAAAAAGAAGUCCAUAUUCUGGAAGCUUCCUUAUUGGCAAAAUUUGCCAGUUAGACAUUGUCUUGAUGUGAUGCACAUCGAAAAGAAUGUCUGUGAUGCUAUUAUUGGGACACUAUUGAACAUUCCAACAAAGACAAAAGAUGGCAUUCAUGUGCGGAGAGACAUGCAAGAAAUGAAAAUUCGCCCAGAAUUGUGGCCGCAAGAUAAGAUCACUAAGGGGAAAAAAAGGUCCGCGUUUACUCUACCUCCCGCUUGUUAUACCUUGUCUGCAGCUGAAAAACGAAUCUUUUGUGAGUGUCUUUACAAUAUUAAAGUUCCUACAGGAUACUCAUCAAACAUAAAAAAGCUUGUUUCGACAACUGGUGUGAAGUUGGUUGGUAUGAAAUCUCAUGAUUGUCAUGUUAUGAUGCAAGUUUUCAUGCCCAUUGCAAUUCGAGCCAUCUUGCCAAAACAUGUCAGAGUUGCUAUCACAAGACUUUGUGCCUUUUUUAAUACAAUAUGCAAUAAGGUUCUUGACCCAGAGACAUUAGAUGAGUUACAAGCUGAUGUUAUUGUAACACUAUGUCAAUUUGAAAUGUUUUUCCCACCUUCAUUCUUUGACAUAAUGGUCCAUCUAAUAGUUCAUUUGGUUCGAGAAAUCAAGAUGUGUGGUCCAGUAUUCUUGAGGUGGGCGUACCCAUUUGAAAGACACAUGGCUACAUUGAAAAGUAAAGAAUUCUAUACAUAAUGUCUGAUGAUGAGGAUGAUGAUUAUAUUAUUGAAGAGGAAAGUGAGGAGGAAGUCGAAGAGGAUGCCACUUCACGACGGAUUCAUGAUUUUGAAGAAGAGGCUGAUAUUAGAGGAGAUAUGGAGGAGUCAGGGUAUUCAUUGGAACAGAUUGAGAAAUUCUUGGAUAAAAGAAGAAGAAAAAAGAAGAAUGACAGUAAGAAAUCUGGGAGGGGGGCAUUUAAAGGGCUAAAAAUAACUGAGCCCAUGUUUUUACAAUUUGAUUCAGUGGGUCGUGCUACCGGUAAGUGGAGACUGAAAUAUGGGCAGCAUGUUGGCUUAUGUUCUCGCAAAUUGAACAUCAACUGGAGUUGGUCAGAAGUACCUACUGGCUUGAAAGAUACUCUCUGGGAAGAUACUAGGAAUCUGUUUCAUCUUAAUGAAGAUCCUGUGAUGAAGAGUCUCUUUUUAUCUUCAGUGGCAUGUCGCUUUAGAGACUUUAAGGCAAAAUUAGUUUCAGGAUGGAUUACUUGUCUUAGGAAGAGAACAAAAUAUGAAGAUGGAAAACUUCCGCCACAAAUAUGGCGUCACAUCACAAAAGAUAUUUGGGGAGAGUUUAAGAGACAAAAGAUGUCUCCAGAAGCUGAGGAACUAAGGAAAAAGAAAUCAGAUAGCGCUUCACAAAACCAGCAUCAUCAUCACAUGGGGCAAAGGAAUUAUGAGGACAGUAGAACUAUUUGGAUCGAUGAAGGCUUUUAUCCUACUGCUUACAUGUUUAUCGUGUUCUAUUUAGACUUUACCCCGUGAUGAGUACUAACUCAACGAAGGGAAAGAAGAAGUUGGACAUCCAUAAAAAACCAACCAUACAAAGAUCUCUAGUGUCUGAAAAGGUUCUAUUGUCACUUACUAGAGAUUGCAAAUGGUUGCACUCGAUGAUAGCAUCCCGAUCUAGUGAUGAUCCCAUUGUUAUUACACUAGAUGCUUCUAUGUUCCAUUAUGAAUCUGAUGAUAGUCAUGCACUUCUUACUAUUGAGGAUAUCAGUCAGUUUCUGUCUGGUGCAAUGAUUAACAUUUCCAUUAUUCAAGUAUUUGUAAUAGCAAUGUAAGAUUAUCUACAGGGUCUGGAUACAUUUGCACAGAUUGGAUGGAUGUGUCCUGAAUCAAUUUCUUCAACAGCAUGUGAAAAUAACCCUGAAGAUGUGAAAGUUUACAUAAAUCGAGCAAUCACUGAAUGCCAGAAUGCCGACAUAGAUAUUCUUGUUGCUCCUUAUUAUGAAAGUCAUCACUGGGUGUUGCUUGUGAUUUGGAUCUCACGUGGCAUGAUCUUUAUGUAUGAUUCUCUUCGAACUAGCCCGAUGCGUCAUUUAUUAAUCAUGUCAUUGUUCAGCAGUGUUUUUCGAAAUAUUUGUGCCCAUGGAAGUGAAAAGGUGAAAAAGAUCAUUUGGAAACAGAUGAAGUGCGCAAAACAAACGGGCGGCUUGGAGUGUGGAUAUUAUAUGAUGAGAUUCAUUUAUGAUCUGAGUAGAAGUAUCAAUGAAGGUCAAGAUUUAGAGCAGGUGUACAAAAGCACCUUACGAGAUGAGGCGCUUUCAAUGACAGAAAUUGAUGAAAUUCGUGAUAGAUGGGCGAUAUAUGUUUGUGACAAUUUGUUGUAAACUCUAUAUUAGAUCGAAAAUGUAUUAACGAUAUAACUUUUAGUUAACUUUUUUUUGUUAUGUGAUAUUUGGAUUGAUUUGGAUUGAUAUUUGGAUUGAUAUUUGGAUUGAUAUUUUGAUU